AUGGUUAUUGUUCAGAAAGUUGAGAAUGAUGGAUCUAAUGAAGCAGAAGGGAUCAUCAAGAAACAUAAGUAUCCAUUCUCUGUAUUCUUUAUCGUCAGCAAUGAGUUUUGUGAGAGAUUCAAUUAUUAUGGAAUGAGAACAAUCCUAGCAAUUUACUUAACCCAAAAACUGUUAUAUUCCGAUGAUGUUGCUACGAUAUUAUAUCAUUCAUUUACAACGCUUGUGUACUUCUUUUGUGUUUUUGGUGCUAUCAUCGCUGAUAGCUGGUGGGGAAAAUUCAACACGAUUGUUUGGUUAUCGGUUGUUUAUGUAGCUGGAAGUUCAGUACUCACUCUUGGAUCUGUUGAGCCAUGGAAUAUGCCGGCUAAAACUUUGACGUUUGUUGGGUUAGCUCUGAUUGCUAUCGGAAGUGGUGGUAUUAAGCCAUGUGUAGCAGCUUUUGGUGGUGAACAAUUUAAAAUGCCGGAGCAAGCCAAGCAACUUGCACUAUUCUUCUCACUGUUCUACUUCGCAAUCAACUUUGGAUCCUUUAUUUCAACAUUAGUCACACCAAUUUUAAGAGAAGAUGUAAAAUGCAUGGGAAUGGAUUCUUGUUUCCCGUUCGGUUUUGGAUUGCCAGCUAUUUUGAUGGCUGUUUCUAUUGUAAUUUUUAUAUCUGGAAAGUUUAUGUAUAAAAUCUUACCAAUCCAAGGCAACAUGUUUGUGAGAAUUCUAAAGUGCAUCAGCGAAGCACUAAGCACAACGAAAAAGGAAAAGAUUUCAAACCCAAAAAGUCAUUGGCUUGAAUAUGCAGAACCGAAGUUUGGAAAGAAGCUUGUGAUAGAAACCAAAAUUCUUCUCAAUGUUCUAGUUCUGUAUCUUCCACUUCCAAUUUUUUGGGCACUAUUUGAUCAACAAGGAUCAAGAUGGACAUUCCAAGCUACACGUAUGGAUGGUGACUUAGGAUGGUUUACAAUCAAGCCUGAUCAAAUGCAAGUUGUUAAUCCAUUCCUGAUCCUUACUUUCAUUCCACUUUAUGAGGUGUUGUUCUAUCCACUUCUAUCGCUUGUUGGAAUUCGACGACCACUUCAGAAAAUGGCACUUGGCGGUGUUUUUGCUGGAAUUGCUUUUCUUUGCUCCAUGCUAGUUGAAAUAACGAUUGAACCUACAUAUCCGGUACUUCCAAAAGUUGGAUAUUCACAAUUUAGAAUUUUUAAUGCAAUGAAAUGUGAAUAUAAAGUCACAACAAGUAUUGAAUCUUCGAGAAAUUUCAGUCUGGGACCGAAUGAAUUCUAUCAUAAUCUUUGGGUUCCAAUCAAUGGAACUUUUCAAGAAUUUAAUUUCGAUUUGAUUAGCCAAACUCUUAAUUGUGACUCAUAUCAAACUACAGUUGAAUUAAAAUCUGGAACUGCCAAUAGUUUCUUAAUAACUGGGAAGAAAAAUAUGCCAGCUAUUUAUGGAUUCAAAGAUAAUCCUGAUAAAUCUCGACAAGGAAAGCCAGUCAUCAGAGUAUUAGCAAAUAUUAAUCUAUCAAGUCUUAUAGAGUUUCAUAACAAAGAUGGAAUACAAUACAGCCAUAACUCAAGUUUUUCUGAUCGUUUAGAUGUCCCUGAUGGGUUGUAUGAUAUAUCAAUUGAUAGUAAAAUGAUUAAAUCUGGAAUUAAGCUUAAACAUGGAGGAGUUUAUGCUGUUAUCAUUCAUGAAAAAACUUUGGAUAGUACCGACUAUGCUUUGAAUAUUUUGACAGUAACCGAGCCGAAUUCUGUAAAUAUGCUGUGGCUAAUUCCUCAGUUUUUUGUCAUGACUUUGGGAGAAGUGAUGUUUUCAGUUACUGGUCUUCAAUUUUCAUACACACAAGCUCCCGAUAGCAUGAAAAGUGUCAUCCAAGGUUGCUGGCAGUUGACAGUUGCUGUAGGAAAUAUAAUUGUCACUAUUGUCGUUGGCGCAAAGUUUUUUGAUUCACAAACAUACGAGUUCCUUCUCUUUGCAUGUCUAAUGUUUGUGGAUAUGAUUAUAUUUGCAUGGCUUGGAUAUCGUUACAAGGGAAUUCCACUUGAUGAGAUUAAGAAGGCUGAAGAAGAAGAGAAAGCUUUAAAGGAUGGAAAAAAUACUAAUAGCUUAGAAUUUAAUUAAAAAAUAAAAUGUUGACU